AUGGCGAUCUACUCUGAUGAAUGUGUGCCACAUCUCCAACUGAUCCUUGUAUCUCACAUCAGUCUUUCUUAUCACACUGAUAACACAGUAAGCAUAAGAAAAAAACUGCUCAAAGUUGAAACACAAAAACCUGGAUUCAAACUGAGUGGAAAGUGGAACUUCCCCUCUUUCAACAGCUUUGUUGGAAUUGGACGAAGUUCAAAGAAAACAAAGACCUAGUUCGAUAAAGCAGUCACAGUGGUUUCAGCUGAGCUUCUUGACUAUAAAAGCAGCAGCUGUGGAAAUAUUCAGUCCAGCAGAGAGUCCAUUAUGAGGGGUCUAGUGUUUCUGCUCUUGGUGGCUGUGGCCAGCGCUAAGGUCUUCGAGCGCUGUGAAUGGGCUCGAGUGCUGAAGGCUAAUGGGAUGGAUGGCUACCGAGGCAUCAGCCUGGCUAACUGGGUUUGUCUGAGCAGGUGGGAGUCGGGGUACAGGACUACGGCAACCAACCGCAACACCGACGGAUCAACUGAUUACGGCAUCUUCCAGAUCAACAGUCGCUGGUGGUGUAACGACGGCCAGAUACAUACAGCGAAUGCAUGUGGAAUCAGGUGCAACGAGCUUCUGACUAAUGAUGUCCGUGUGGCAAUCAAUUGUGCCAAGCGUGUCGUUAGGGAUCCCAACGGCAUCAGAGCCUGGGUGGCCUGGGGCCUUCACUGCCAGAACCGUGACCUGAGCUCCUAUGUGGCAGGAUGUGGUCUUUAAUCAACAUGUGGAAUCCGGACGCUGUCAUCGACAUGAUCAAACUCUCCCAUCUCUGGAGUGAAAUGCAGAGAUACUGAAGCUAUAGAUGAUUCUCUUCAAAUCAAGACAAUUCAGGUCUUUAAUUUCAGUGUAUUUAGUCUUAACUUUACAUAAUGUAAAAAAUCAGUGAAGAGAAAUGUGGUGAUGUCAGUUUAUAUAUGUUGUUGGGCUCAUUUUAAAACCAGAUUAAAAUGUUGAUUCCUGCUUAUGACAGCUAAAUAAAACAAGAAAGUUUAAACAAUGAA